CUCUAGUCGAUUCUGUCAGAUGAAAUACUACUCCUUAACUCAAAAGUGGGUUAUAAUUUUGGAAUCGCCGCGUACCUUUGUACCCACACGCCGAUUGUAAGCCAGCCUUUAUCAUCUUUAUCACAAAUUCCCAUCGGCCCCAAACAAAGAACUACUGGUUAGUUGGUUUAUGAUUAGCCGGUAAUGCGGGCGCCCUGCGAUAAGGAUAAGUAUAAGUCUAAUACUGGUCAAAUUGACCGUCGCUGGUUUUCAUAUCAUUCAGUCGUGGGAGAACCGCCGAAACAGCAGCUGGUAUAGUUAUUGGACAAUAUUGGACUGGAGUAAACAUGAAAAUCGAAUGGGCACCCCUUCGAGUUCCUCUGGAACGUCGAUUGCAGAUACUGGUCACGGCAUUCUUCACCUCGAUGCUGUUGAUACUAUUAUCUACUUCGUUUCUUUUAGUAGCUGGUUCACUGAUCUAUGGAGGCCUCCUGCUGCGCAGCUUAAUGGUGAUUUACUUGGUUUACGUCUAUGUGCAUCACAAGGAAACCCAAUCUGUGGUGGAUGGCAAUGGCUGGAUGAUAACCCGUACUAAUCGCAUACAUCGUCGCUAUCGCGAUUACUUUCCCGUGGAACUGGUGAAAACCGCCGAACUGCCAGCUAAUAAAAACUACAUCUUGGCCAGCUUUCCCCAUGGAAUUUUGGGUACGGGCAUUGGUAUAAACAUGGGUGUAGAAAUCUCCAAGUGGCUUGAGCUAUUCCCUCAAGUGCGACCAAAAGUGGGCACUCUGGAUCAGCAUUUCCAUGUUCCCUUCAUGCGAGAGGUCAUUCGUUGCUGGGGUUUGGUGUCCGUAUCCAAGGAGGCCCUAAUCCGUAUGCUCAGCAAAUCAAAUGAUCCCAAGCACAAGGACAAUCGGGAUGGAUUCACCUCGAAUGCGGUGGCCAUACUGGUUGGUGGUGCCCAAGAGGCCAUGGACUCGCAUCCUGGACAGUAUAUUUUGACCCUGAAGAAUAGGAAGGGUUUCGUCAAGAUGGCCAUUCGAACGGGUUCAUCAAUUGUGCCUUCGUUUUCCUUUGGCGAGGUGGAUAUAUUUGAUCAGGUGGCCAAUCCUCCAGACUCUCUUCUGCGUCGGAUUCAGAAUGUGGUCAAGAAACUUACCGGUGUUUCUCCACUGAUCCCAGUGGGUCGAGGUUUCUUCAACUACACCUUUGGUCCCCUGCCUUUUCGACGACGUAUUGUUCAAGUUGUUGGUUCCCCCAUUGAUGUUGUGAAAAGCGAUACACCCGACUCAGAGUAUGUGGACAAAGUUCAUGGACAGGUCAUUGAGGCCCUGGAGAAAUUAUUUGAGCAGCACAAAGACAAAUACUUACAGAACCCCACAAGUGCCAAACUGGUUGUACAGUAAUUAAAAUGUGUUUAGUAAUUUUUACAUACAAGAUAUUAGUGGGUAACAGUAUUAUUAUUGUUACAGUUUGAUUUAAUGAUACCAACGGCAGUUUUGGUAUACACAAAUAUUUUAAAGAAAGCUAUGAAGUAUACUAAAAUAAAAGUGUGUUUUAGAAUUUCAGUUAUCUAUUA